GAGCUUGCGACAGCUCAAACAGCAGAGUAAUAACUUAGCCAGUGACAAAAAGUGUCUCAACAACUCAACAAAUCAACACAGAUUUCAGUUGAGUAUUGAUAGUCCGAUACCUACAUCUAGGUGACCAGAAUCGCUCGUUAUAUAUUAAUCUGUGAGUGAGCAACAAAAGAUUUGGAAAAUUUUUGGACUGGUCUAGUCUGGUUUACUGAACUUUUGUCCAGUAUUAAAAAACUCAUAAAUUGCACAAGACGACAGCAGAUCGGUAUACUAUAUAGUAUAGCAUUGACAAUUAUAAUUACUAUAUGCAUACAUACAGACAUACAUACACACACACACACACACACACACACACACACAUACAUACAUACAUAUAAAUGGCGAGAAGCAGCUGCCAGUGCUGCGCAUUUGUCUUCAACUUCGUCGCAGCAACAGUCGUCAGUGAUUCUAUGAAAAUACAGAUGAUAUCUGUGCCAGCCACAGUACAAAGCUGAAUUUUGACACGAGCUGGUGAAUACAUAUAUAAGCAAAUUCUGUGUCAAUUAAGGGAAGAAAAAAACUUAGCAGAAAUGAGUGCACAACGUAGAAGAAUACAAAUCUGGAUAUGUCUCCUCGUUGCUUUGUGUCUGGAGUGGCAAUUAGUUGUGGCACGAGCACGUGAUCUGUGCCAGGUGAAGCCCAGCACAAGCAGCCUGUGUGUGCCAACUACAGUGGGCAUUUACUAUAAUGUGGAGACACAACACUGUCACUACAUGGGCUGCAGCAAUAAGCGAUUGUUUGGCUCUCUCGAGGAUUGUGAGAAGAUCUGCAAUAAUCGACGACACACGAAGAUACGCACUAAUUUGACCAACAAAAUCAAUCAAACCACUAAUUGAAUAUAAGCACUUAGAAUAUCUGA